AUGCCAUCUCCAUCCAGCCCAUUGGAGUAUCGGCCAACACCGCAUCUCGUCCUUUUCAUCCUUUUUUUCGUCUUCCCACUCAUCUACCUAUGCAGUCGUGUGGCCCUCACGCUAUGCUGCAUCUUGGCAUGUGCACUGAAAAUGGUAUUCGCGCGUUUAAUACAUUUGUUGUACGAUUUUGACGUGAAACCAUCAGCAACUGCACGACGGCGGCCAACGCCAGUGAAAGUGGAAGCACCAUCACAGACUAUUCGAAGUGCUAUUCGUGAAGAAACCCUCGUUGAAACACAACCCUCCGAAGAAGAAGAUGAAGAGGAAGAGGCUAGUUCGUUCAUCUAUUUCGAUGCUAUGAUUUGGAUGCUUUGUCUUUUUUAUCGCUAUCGAUUAUUUAGUCAAAAUUGCUCCAGCGUAAGCACAGGACAAGCGCAACUCAGGAAACCGGUCAAGUUGUGGUGCCUGACUUUGGUAAUACAAAAAAACCGCGAAAAUCAGCUGACAUUUUGUCUCGUUUUGAGCUUGCCUCAUCCACAUAAUUCCACAGAGAUGUUCGAAAUAGGUCCUUUUCCCGUUAGCUUUUUGUUCCGGGCAAAGUUGUGGUACCUGACUUGGUGCCACAAAAAGCCGCGAAAACCACUGAUAAUAUUUGGUUGA